AAUAAUUUGACUACUUUUUUUUUUUGUAACUACUUAACUGUGUAAUUGUGUGGAUCCUGUGCUGUAUCAGGCUAUUGUUUUUUCUUUCAGACCAAAGAAGUUGUGUCGAAGUAACACCCCUAGAAUCCACACAAAUAGACUUUGAUACCACAACGGAUGAUUUUUCAUCAUCAAAUUCUAGUUCCUCAUGCACACCAAGCGUCUCCAGCACAAACAGUUGCAGUACAACUGUGGACUUAAGUGUUUGGCCUGAAAACUUCGAAGUUCCCUGGAAUAGGAUGCUUUUUGGUAUUAAAACAUCCAUUGCACUGGGAAGACGCCCCACAGCUAAAGAUCGCCGAGAAAUGGUAAGAAUUGUUGUGGAUGAGAUGAGACUGAAAGAGUUAAAUCCAUCAAAAUCACAGUGCUUGAUUGUCGUGAAAAAGAUCAUCAAACAAUACUCACAAAGCUUUGCUGAUGUCCUGAGAGAUGGCACAAGAAUAGGUACUGGCUAUGGAUCUCUUUUGACCCAAAUAAAAACAAGGGUGGAGCACGUUAAUCGUGGCUGCUUGUUGUCAAGAUGCAGGAAACAGAAAAAGAUCUCAAAUUCAUCAGCAGUAGACGUUGCCCCAGGACCUGCAGACCAGUAUGGUUGUGUGAGAUGGCAACCUGAUUGUCCACUAGAAGAAUCUGAGGAGAGUCUCCAAGAAAAACAAAAAGAAAUGAAAGAACUCUACAGUGCUGAGGGACCAGCUGGGGUAGAGAAGCAUCUCAGUCAGUUAAUGAAGGCAACAUACUACCUACAAAGGAAAUCCAUCAAUGCCUGCCCACCACCAUCGAUUGCUGACUUGAAAAAUGACUGGCCUUAUCUUUUCAUGCCCAAAGAAUUGUACAACCACUUUACAUCUCUUACAAACAUUAACAUUCUAGAGAAACUUGAGAAGUCUAUGGAAAAAAAGGGAAAGAUGAUACUUCAGCUCUUCCGUCAAAUGCCAGCAGGGACUAAUACAGUUGAGAUGCAACGCAUGCUUAUGAAGUAUGAUAACAGUGGAGCAUCCUGUUUCAUCCCAUGUGUGGUCCUCCUUCUUCUCUCACACUUCAAAGAAAAACCUGAAGCACUCAUCCUUCAGGCUGAUACCACUAUGUCCAAAUGCACUCUGAUGCCGGAAGUGAUGUCUCGUGCGUCAAUGAGUGCGAGACAUCACUUCCGGCAUCAGAGCGCAUUCAGACCUCACACACUGGAUGCUCAAGGCCGCUAUCAAAGCAACCUGGGCUUCCAUUACACUUGA